AUGGCGCCACAGGGGCCCCCCAGCCCUUCUCCCCCACUUUACCCAUCUUCGCACCACUUAAAAUACCCUCGGGGGGCCCCCCAGGGGCCCCCCCAGGGGCCCCCCCAGGGGCCCCCCCAGGGGCCCCCCCAGGGGCCCCCCCAGGGGCCCCCCCAGGGGGCCCCCCAGGGGGCCCCCCAGGGGCCCCCCCAGGGGGCCCCCCAAAGGGUUUCCCGGGGCUUCCCCCUGGGGGGCCCCCAGGGGGCCCCCCAGGGGGCCCCCCAGGGGGCCCCCCGGGGGCCCCCACAAGGAAGCCCUCAGGGGCCCCAAGAGGAAAGGACAGAAGAUAUUCCAGAAGUCCCACCUGAGGGGAUUCCCGAGGGGCCCCCAGAGGGGCCCCCAGAGGGGCCCCCUGAGGGCCCCCCUGAGGGGCCCCCUGAGGGGCCCCCUGAGGGGCCCCCAGAGGGGCCCCCUGAGGGGCCCCCAGGGGGGCCCCUGCGGGGGUUUCCCGUGAGGGUUUGGAGUGAAGAGGGUUUGCGAAAAGUCUCUUUGAUUCGUAGUUGCUGCUUAGAGGGUUUAAAUGCAAUUAAAUGUGGCUGGGGGCCCCCCUGGGGGCCCCCCGGGGGGCCCCCCUGGGGGCCCCCCAGACCCAGUCAAGCAAAGUCCUGGGGGCCCCCAGAGCUGGGGGGCCCCCGGGGGGCCCCCGGGGGCCCCCCGGGGGCCCCCUGGGACACAGAGGGGCCCCCCACUCCAGUCUCAGAGGCAGCUGACGAAGCUGUGGAUGAUGCAGCAGCAGCAGCAGCAGCAGCAGCAGCAGCAGCAACUGCAGCAGCAGCAACUGCAGCAGCAGCAACACUUGCCGCCAGAGCAAGCGGCAAGGUGUUUGUGUGUGAGGCUGUGCACAUGUCUCGCAUCCCUGACAUGCUGGCUCCGCAGCGGGAGUGCCGCGCGCUGGAGCGGGCGGAGCUGCUGAUAGAGCAGCAAAAGGAAAAGAUUGAAGAGCUGGCAGCAAAAGUGUUGGAGUUGGAAAGUUCUCGAGGGUUUCGGGAGGAAAGUUUUGCUGCUGCAGCGCAGCAGUUUGCUGCUGAGAACCAGCAGCUGCGGCUGCAGCUUGCUGCGCUGCAGUCCGACUUUGCUGCGCUGCAGCAAAAGGACUGCAGCGCCGACAAGGAAAGGCAGACUUUGCUGCAGACUGUUGCUGCAGCAGAAAAGGGAAUUGCAGACAGAGACGCUUUGAUUCGCCACUUGCAAAGCAGCGACAAAACCCUGGAGAACAAAAGGCUGAAGGAAGAGCAGCAGCAGCUGCUGCACCGAAUUGACAAACUGCAAAAAGCAAUUGGAGCCACCGGCGAGGGAGUCAAGGAGGGCAGGUCUCCCCUCGAGGCAAGGUUGGCGGACCAGCUAGCCAGAGUCCAAAGAGAUGUGGAGCUUCACAGGGGCACCACCCGCCAGCUGGGCGCCACCACAGAAGAGCUCAGGAUCUCCAAGAUGUGCCUCGUGCAAUCGGAAGCGAGUUUGCUGGAGGGCAAGAAGCUAAUAGAAGAGCAGCGGGCAGAAAUCCAGCGGCUGUACAAAAUAGUGGAGGCGCUAAACCGCGAAAAGGCCCUCGUGCCUCCGGUGGUUUUGACUUUGCCAAAACACUUGAGAGGAAGUGGAAGUGAACAAAUAGAAGAACUUUCGAAAAAGAUGGGAUUGAUUCUGCAAGCCCUAGAAAGAGAACGACAAAGUGAGGGUUUAGGGUUUAGGGUUUAG